AUGGGUGCAACUUGGGAUAUCGACCUUCUCAAAGAGCUUGGUCGUCAGUUCGCGGGCCAAGCGAAGUCACAGGGUGUUCAUGCAUUGUUAGGUCCUACCAUCAACAUUCAACGCUCUCCGCUCUGCGGAAGGAAUUUCGAAUCCUAUGCAGAGGAUCCAACGCUGAGUGGCAAUCUAGCCGCUAGCUUUAUUAGUGGCAUCCAAAGUGAAGGUAUUGGAUCGACAUUGAAGCACUUUGUAGGGAAUGAUCAAGAGACGCACCGCACCAAGAUCGAUGUCAUUAUUGAGCCAAGAGCCUUGAGAGAGAUAUAUCUCAAACCGUUUCAAAUUGUCAUGAAGAAUGCGCCACCUUGGGCCUUAAUGGCUUCAUAUAAUCGCCUGAACGGCUUACACGUCACUGAAAGCCCUCAGCUACUGGAACAGAUUCUCCGACGAGAAUGGGGCUGGGAUGGAGUUAUCAUCUCCGACUGGUUCGCCACCUAUUCGACUAGUGAGGCGCUCAAUGCCGGCCUAGAUCUCGAAAUGCCGGGCAAGACCGAGUGGCGAGGUAAGUUGAUUAUGAGAGCUCUACACUCUGGAAAACUUGAAGCACCGGUCCUUCAACAAAGGGCACGGCAUAUCCUCAACUUCGUGGAGAAAACUCGCGCCUCGGGCGUUCCUGAAGACGCGGUAGAGUGGGAGCAUAAUACACCUGAAGUUAGGGCCGUGAACAGAAAGGCUGCCACAGAAUCGAUCGUCCUCCUCAAGAAUACUUCGAAGCUCCUUCCAGUUCAGAGCCCCGGUCGCGUGGCAAUUAUCGGUCCUAACGCUCAUGAAGAUCUCUUCUGCGGCGGAGGAAGCUCUACGGUAUUCCCUUACUACUAUAUCUCUACCUACAGGGGUAUUAAAGAUACUCUGGCAGAGUAUAGCCCAUCCAGCGAAGUUACAUUUGCUCAAGGUUGCUACAAGCACGCACUCCUUCCAGUCAUAUCGACAGAGUCACCUUCCGGACAAGCGGGAGUCGAUCUAGACUUCUAUAAUCGCGAUUUUACCCAGGAUCCGGACGCCCAAAAGGUUGUCGCAACCCAUUCCCUCACUUGGAGACUUGUAUUUAUCGAUAGUCUACCACAAGUAGCUCUACCCUCAGUAUAUGGCCGUUUUAAGGGGCUGUAUAAGGCACCUAGCGAUGGCGACUUCGAAUUCGGCGUGGUCACAACAGGAAGAGCCAAGCUUUAUAUCGACGGAGUACUUCUGGUGGAUAAUUGGACUACUCAAGAAAGGGGAAGUCACUUUUUUGUAGGACUCGGCACCAUCGAAGUCCGCGCCACCAGAAAGUUGGUAGCAGGACAACAAUACGGGAUCGUGGUAGAGUAUACGAAUACCAGCAGCCUCCAAGAUAGGAGUAUUUUCGACGUGGGUGGUGGCAUAUUACGAGUCGGGGUGUGCCCUGUCGUCGACCCGGAGAAACUUCUCAGAGAGGCGGUUGACGCCGCUACCUCAGCCGACACGGUCAUUUGCUGCGUCGGGACAGAUCUGGAGCAUGAAAGCGAAGGCUGGGACCGGAAGGAUAUGAAAUUGCCAGGCUCGCAAGAUCAACUCGUCGAAGCAGUACUCAAAGCGAACCCGCGGACAAUAAUCGUGAAUAUAUCGGGCACACCACUCGAGAUGCCCUGGAUUGACCAAGCCUCGGCGGUGAUCCAAGGAUGGUUUAUGGGGAGCGAGCUCGGUAACGCCUUGGGGGACGUUCUCUUUGGCAAGGUGUCGCCCAGUGGCAAACUACCAAUAACUUUCCCUCGGCGGCUCGAGCAGAACCCAUCCUACGGCCACUUCCCCGGUGAUCAUGGCCGCGUGAGGUACGCCGAAGGCAUAAUGGUAGGUUAUCGACACUACUCAACCCGAUAUAUUCCCACUAUGUUCCCAUUUGGCUAUGGACUAUCGUACACCGAGUUCCAAUACACCGGCCUUAUACACGAAGGCGAAACCUUACUAUAUCCCGACGGGGUCGUGUCAGUGUCUCUCACGGUGACGAACACGGGCGGCUUCGCCAGCCACGAGAUUGUGCAGCUCUAUGUGUCUGCGCUCUCGAGCUCGGUAUUCCGACCGCUUUGGGAACUGCAGGGCUUUCAGAAGGUUAAGGAUGUGCAGCCUGGAGAAAGCUGGAAAGUGAUAUUUACUCUCGAUAAGUAUGCCGUGUCAUACUAUAACGAGAAGCGAGAAGAAUGGACGGUAGAAGCCGGCAAAUAUCGUGUGUCAAUUGGGGCGUCCGUAGAGGACUUGAGAUUGGCCACUUCCAUCCAGGUGCCAAGUACGUUCCAUUGGACGGGACUGUAG